AUGAUAUUAUAUCGUAAAAAUUCGGAUAUUUUACUACUUUCGUACGGUAUUGAAAGUCUGGUCCUGAAUUACGAUGUGACAAUUUACAGUUCGAGGAAUGGAAGAUUUGCUUUGGUCUUGAUGUCCAACGCAGAGCUGGAAAAUUCGGAGAACGCUCAAGCGAUUGAUCAAGUUGGCGUAUCACAAAAUGAACCCGUAAUACCAAGAUCACGAUCAAUUCUAUCGAGUUUAGAACGCAACGAAUCACAUCUAUCAACCACUGAUAUAUGUAGGAUUUGUCAUAUGGGCGGAUUCCCCGCGGUGAGUGUGCAACCUCCGAUAUGGGAAUGGCCCAAGCAACCAUCACCACCGAGCGUAAGACAAGUUGAUAGCCAGAUAUCAACGUUGUCUUCCUACGCUUACCUGGGGCCUUUGAUAUCAGCCUGCAAAUGCCGCGGGACAGUAGGUUUAGUACACAUCGAGUGUUUGGAACGAUGGUUGACCGAAUCAGGGCACUCUUGCUGCGAAUUGUGCGGCUACAAAUAUCUAACAAAGCGAGUUCCGCGUCAUGGAAUGUUGCAGAGUGUUUGGAUUUGGUUCAACACGGUCAUCGCAACUCGACAGAUGAUCCUGGACGUGUUGUACCUUGUCGUGACCACUCCGCUAGCGCUUUUUUCAAUUUACAUCUGUGCGCUAGCGUUAAAAAUGGUUUUAAAUAGCGGUUUUUACGAAGUACCCUGGAUGAUCGUUGCAAUGUUACCUACAUGCUCGUUAACUUUAGUUGCUUACUGGAGCUGGAUAAUUACACUCGGCAGGCUUCAUGGAAGACGUUGGCGCAGGUUCUGGCGCACUAAUUUUGUGGUACGGCUUCUACCUACUGAUCCAAAUACAGAGCACGAUGAGAAUGAUCAAGCGGUUGUUGAUGCAAGAAGGCAGGAAGAACAACGAAUUAUUGAAGAACAGCAAGAUCUGGAGGAUUUAGUUCAAUUGGCGUUUUGA